ACACAUUAUACAGCCUGUAAUCCCAGCACUUGGAAGGAUCAGAAGUUCAAGACCAGCCUCUGCUAUGUAUUGAGUCGUUAGCCGCCAACCUGGGCUAUUAUGAGACCGUAUCUCAAACACCCCCAAGCCCAAUACUGAGCUUUGAGCCUGACUCCUGCCCUUUAGAGCCAUCCAAAAAAAUGCAGACAUUUAAAGGAAACUUUGGAGAAUCUGAAGACUCUAAACGUAGAGAAUUUUAAAGACUUAGUGCCUCGGGGAGUAUGGAGAACGGGGCGGGGCGGCGAGUUCUGACAGCCUCGCUUUUAGACAGGUCCGUCGACCUUCGGCCCUGGCUCCUGUUUCCUGCAGGAGAAAUCCUGCCCUACAUUCCCACCUAGUGGAACCUUCUGUAAAAAACUAGUAAGGAAUGUGAAAGGGGAAAGUUCAGCCCCACACCUGCCUCCCUCCACGCCGGCACGACCAAGCGCAUGCCUACGUUUGUUGCACUGAGCAGGAGGAAAGGCACCUCUCAGUCUCUAUUUCCUCUGUUUCUGGAAGACCCAGAGGGUGCCCACGGCCCAGGUGUGGAGGGCAGCCAGGUACCCUUCCCCUCGCCCCAGAUGUCACCCGCACAGCCGGAACGCCGGCGGGUUCUGCAGCAACGGCUCGGGAACUGCCGGCCUCCGCGUCCGCAGCGCCGCCGCCAGCCAGGCUGCAGCCGAGUCUGACCCCAGCGUCUGCGCUCCCGCCGGCCACCGGGAACCAGCUCGUCCAGGAAGAAUGCAAACAGAGAGGAGCAUCCAGUCUUUGGGCAACAGAUACAGGCAAACCCCCUUUUCGUACGAUGUCAAGCGAAACGUGUACAAUGAGGAGAAUUUCCAGCAGGAGCACAAGAGGAAGGCUCCCUCUUCCGGGAACGUGGAUGUCAACAUCACCACCUUCAAGCACAAUGUCCAAUGCCGCUGCUCAUGGCACAAGUUCCUACGGUGCAUGCUUACGGUCUUUCCCUUCCUCGAGUGGAUGUGUUUGUAUCGAUUCAAGGACUGGCUUCUUGGAGACUUACUUGCUGGUUUAAGUGUUGGUCUUGUUCAAGUUCCCCAAGGCCUGACACUUAGUUUGCUGACGAGGCAGCUGAUCCCUCCCCUCAACGUGACUUACGCUGCCUUCUGCUCUUCAGUCAUUUAUGUAAUAUUAGGAUCAUGUCAUCAAAUGUCCAUCGGCCCCUUCUUCCUCGUCAGUGCUCUCAUGAUCAACGUCCUGAAGGAGAGACCGUUCAACAACGGCCACCUGAUCAUGGGAACUUUUGUCAAGGAUGACUUUUCUCUCCCGACCUUCUACAUAAACUAUAACGGAUCCUUGAGCGUGGUGGCAAGCACAACUUUCCUGACUGGAAUUAUUCAGCUGUCAAUGGGUAUGCUGGGAAUGGGCUUCAUGGCCACAUACCUUCCAGAUGCCGCAAUCAGCGCUUACCUAGCUGCUGUGGCCCUACACAUCAUCCUGGCCCAGAUGACAUGUGUCUUUGGGAUUAUGAUCAGUUUCCACGCUGGUCCCGUCUCCUUCUUCUACAACAUAAUUAACUACUGCGUAGCUCUCCCCAAAGCCAACUCCACCAGCAUCCUGCUGUUCCUCACUGCUGUGGUGGCUCUGAGAAUUAACAAGUGCAUCCGCAUUUCCUUCAACCGCUACCCCAUCGAGUUCCCCAUGGAGCUGUUUCUGAUCCUUGGCUUCUCCAUACUUACAAACAAGAUAAGCAUGGCUACCGAGAAUAGCAGGAUGCUGAUCAACAUGAUUCCUUACAGCUUCGUGUUCCCCGAGACUCCAGAGUUCGGCGUUCUCACCAGGGUGAUUUUACAGGCCAUGUCUUUAUCUUUAGUCAGCUCCUUUCUGCUCGUGUCUCUGGGCAAGAAGAUUGCCAGCUUCCAUAACUACAGAAUCAACUCCAACCAGGAAAAAUCUCCAACUACUCUGAAAGUGGUACUUUCCCGAAAAGUCAAGAGGGACCCAGAGGCAAGCGGUGUCUCAGCCAGACACUUAGGACUUAAUAGCCAUCGGCCUCUGCAACGUGGUCAGCUCCUUUUUCAGGUCUUGUGUGUUCACGGGAGCCAUGGCCAGGACUAUUAUCCAGGACAAGUCUGGAGGAAGACAGCAGAAGAACAAAUGACGUGCUUCCCAGCAAACAGAAGGCCUCAGUUGAAGACAGGGACCAGCACGCUCCUGACGGUCUCUCUCCAACCGGCUCUGUCUCCUCAGUUUGCAUCUCUGGUAGGCGCAGGUGUGAUGAUGCUCCUGAUGGUGAAGAUGGGGAGCUUCUUCCACAACAUGCCUAACGCCGUGCUGGCGGGGAUCAUCCUGAGCAAUGUGAUACCCUACCUGGAAACCAUUUACAACCUACCCAGUCUGUGGAGGCAGGACCAAUAUGACUGUGUUGUUUGGAUGGUGACAUUUUCCUGUGCUAUUUUCCUGGGACUAGACGUGGGACUGCUUAUUUCAUUAGUCUUUGCAUUCUUUGUCAUCACUGUCCGCUCGCACAGAUCGAAGAUCCUUGUCUUGGGUCAGAUCCCCAACACCAACAUCUACAGGAGCAUCAAUGACUACCGGGAGGCGGUGCUCAUCCCUGGGGUGAAGAUCCUGCAGUGCUGCAGCUCCCUCACCUUUGUCAACGUGUACAAGCUGAAGCACAAGCUGCUGAAGGAGGUCAAUAUGGUGAAGAGGCCUCUUAAAGAAGAAGAAAUAUUCACCCUGUUUAAUGAAAGUCAGACCAGUAUAUCGGAACAGAGUAUUUGCCGGUGUUUCUGCGACUGUGAAGAGCUGGAGCCCGAGCCCAGGGUCGUCUACACAGAGCGCUAUGAAAACAAACAGGAUCAUGACCAGUCCUCCAUUAACCUGAUCCGCUGCUCCUACCUGGGCAACGGGGAGCUGGAGAGUGAAACCACUUCCGAGGAACAGAUCCCCUACACAGUGUCCUCCACAUCGCAGAGAAACCUAGGGCAGAACUACGAGGACACCGAGAAAGCCUGGUUGUCCAACAACCCUUCAAGAAACAGUUCACUGCCACCGCUUGAAACCUCAGAAAGCUUAGCACAGAGUAGAUCCAGAUCCGUCGUCGGCCCGUACUCAGACUCGGGUCUGCAGAGCAACAUCCACACCAUCAUUCUGGACUUUUCCAUGGUGCACUAUGUGGACAGCCGGGCUUUGGUUGUAUUAAGGCAGAUGUGCAAUGCUUUCUUCAAUGCCAACAUUUUGGUGCUCCUUUCAGGGUGUCACACCUCUGUGGUCAAGUCCUUUGAGAAGAAUGAUUUCUUUGACGAAGGCAUCACGAAGGCCCAGCUCUUCCUCAGCCUCCACGACGCCGUGCUUUACGCCUUGUCCAGGAAGAACCCCGAGCCCUCGGAGUUGAGCAUGGAUGCAAAUGAGACAGUGAUACAGGAAACCUACUCGGAGUCGGACAAGAAUGGCAAUAUGAGCAAUCUGAGACAUAAAACCGGUAGCAGCAUCAUGGAGGGCUCCCAACGGGCAAGUCCGAACUUCGUCAAGAUCCAUAAGCCCAUUAAGGAUGACUUGGAGUUUGACCUGGAGCCCACGCUGAAUUCUGAACAGAACAGUGAUCUGGGGCUCAGUCUGGAUCUGGACCUGAACUUGGACCAGGAGUCAGAGCUGGAACCUGAAUCUGAGCUGGAGUCUGAGAUUCAAGCCAAAUCUGAUCUAGAUACAGAGCUUGAGACAGAUGCCCAGACAGAGCUUGAGACGGAGGAAGAGCUGGAGCCAGAGCUAGAGACAGAGAGAGAGAGGAAGCCCCAGCCUAGGACCAAGGCAAGGUCUCAGAGCCCCUGGCGGAACUACUUCACUGCCUACCGCUUUGGAGCUUCAAGCUCCCAGUCUCAGGUUCCACCUCGGACACACUCCGUGGAGAAGAAACAGCCACAAGCUUAUCCAAACUCACCCCAAUUAAACGAGGACACUUGGUAGGUGAACUGGAACUAGAUAGCAGGCAGAUUAUCUUGGCAAAUCCUCCCUGCCCGAAAGGCAUCACUCGGACGUGAGAUCUAGGCUGGGUAUAAGCCAUCGGUCCUGGCUCUGUGACCCUCCACCUGCUGAAUUCCUUCUUACUGGGUUCUGGGAUCACAUGCCCAUCAUACUCCCAGGCUGCGUGACUCAAGGCCCAGAUUAUCUCUGAGGUCUGUCCCCAGGUGUCCCAGAUUUCCCCUUCAGCAGAUUUCUGGUGCUGGCUUCCCUGCACAUGUUCCACGUCUCUGGGAACUGUGCCAGAGUGUCUCUGACUACCUCCUCUCCUCUCUGUUCCCCUUUCUCCAAAGAAAUGAGGCUCAAAUAAAAUAUGUGACUGUACUUAA